AUGGUCCCUGUACAGUCUUUCACAGGUGGGCUGCUGGGCACAGGUGGGGCUGCUGGUCACAGGUGGGGCUGCUGGUCACAGGUGGGGCUGCUGGUCACAGGUGGGGCUGCUGGUCACAGGUGGGGCUGCUGGUCACAGGUAGGGCUGCUGGUCACAGGUGGGGCUGCUGGUCACAGGUGGGGCUGCUGGUCACAGGUGGGGUUGCUGGUGCUGGUGCUGGCGGCUGGCGCUGGUGCUGGUUCCUGGUGCUGGCAGCUGGCACUGGGGCUGGUUCCUGAUGCUGGCGGCUGGCGCUGGGGCUGGUUCCUGGUGCUGGCGGCUGGCGCUGGUGCUGGUUCCUGGUGCUGGCGGCUGGCACUGGGGCUGGUUCCUGGUGCUGGCGGCCGGCGCUGGGGCUGGUUCCUGGUGCUGGCGACUGGCGCUGGGGCUGGUUCCUGGUGCUGGCGGCUGGCGCUGGGGCUGGUUCCUGGUGCUGGCGGCUGGCGCUGGGGCUGGUUCCUGGUGCUGGCGGCUGGCGCUGGGGCUGGUUCCUGGUGCUGGCGGCUGGCGCUGGGGCUGGUUCCUGGUGCUGGCGGCUGGCGCUGGUGCUGGUUCCUGGUGCUGGCGGCUGGAGCUGGGGCUGGUUCCUGGUGCUGGCGGCUAGCGGUGGGGCUGGUUCCUGGUGCUGGCGGCUGGCACUGGGGCUGGUUCCUGGUGCUGGCGGCUGGCGCUGGGGCUGGUGCCUGGUGCUGGCGGCUGGCGCUGGUGCUGGUUCCUGGUGCUGGCGGCAGGCGCUGGUGCUGGUUCCUGGUGCUGGCAGCUGGCGCUGGUGCUGGUUCCUGGUGCUGGCGGCUGGCGGCUGGGGUUGGUGCCUGGUGCCUGGUGCUGGCGGCUGGCGCUAGUGCUGGUGCUGGUGCCUGGUGCUGGCGGCUGGUGCCUGGUGCUGGCGGCUGGCGCUGGCGCUAG